AUUGCUUCAUCCUCCCACCCACGGCAGCUUGAUGGGAUGCUGUGGGGAAAUGUUUGAGGCGGGCUCUUCAGGGAGACCCAGGUGUGGGGACAACGUCCACGGACCGCUAGUCCUUAUCUGUCCUGUAUUUUAACACAUCAGCGUUCUCCGGAGCUGAGCCAUUUUGGGCGCCGGGGUCGACGGGCGGACUGUGCGGCUCCACUCUGUCCUUUCCAGCUGCUGUGUUGUUGAAGCCUACACGGAAGUUGUUGGUUGGCAGCUUUUUUUCCCCCAGAACUUCACAAUGAACACCAGCGUUUUUGUGUUCCUGCUCGCGGCUCUCACCUGUGGGCUCGCGUGGGGAGAGGAAAAUGCAGUGGAAGAGCUGCAGGUGGAAACCUUGGUUAAACCUGAAACUUGCUCUGUACUUUCCAGCAUGGGAGACACGCUGCAAAUCCACUACACGGGUAAACUGAUGGACGGGAAAGUGAUUGACUCAUCACUGUCUCGAGACCCCCUUGUUGUGGAGCUGGGAAAGAGGACGGUCAUUGCAGGUCUGGAGCAAAGCUUGGUUGGCGUGUGUGAAGGGCAAAAAAUCAAAGCCACUAUUCCCUCUCAUCUUGCAUAUGGAAAAAAAGGUUACCCACCUACGAUUCCAGGCGAUGCUGUGCUUGAGUUCGAGGUGGAGGUGAUUUCUCUGAUGCAGCAGACGCCUUGGCAGAAAAUGGUCAACGAUGUUUUCCCACUGGUGUGUUUGGCUCUGGUGCCCACUCUACUUGGUCUGGUGGGACUCUACCUUUACAAUAAGGCCAGUGCCCAGAAGCCAAGCAAAAAGAAGGCAAAGGACAAGAAGAGCAAGAAGAAAUAAACAAGACACUCAGAACUAUUUAAAUAAAUUUUUAAAUGUA